GGCGGGAGUUGGUGGAAGAAUAGAUAUUUAAACCGUGUCAAAGUGGACCAUUUCGUUAAAGCAUCAAGCACAAUCGUUCUGUUCUCUUCUACAAAGAUCCAAGAAUUAGCAAUCGCCAAAAAUCUGCGAAAUUUCGGCACAAUGGCAUCUCUUUCUCUUCCCGUUGAGCGAAAGCUGUUCAAUCCGCUGUGGUGGAGAGAGAUCCUCUUCAGGUGGCAGAGUCAGUCUCUCAAGACUUCCUCCGUGUCCGACGUCGAUGCCGGCAUUCCGGUCUCCAAAGUGGUUGAAGUUCACCAGGCCAAAGCACCAACGAAGGCUUCCUCGGCAGAUGACUACAUGAAGGUCCCUAAUGAUGGGGUCACCAUCACCGUUACUGAACUUGAAUCUGAAGACGACCUCGAUGUUGAAGAAGACAGAGCAGUCACUAUCAUUAGCGAGCCAGAGACCGACUCGGACAAACUUGCCAGCGAUAUCCUUGAUGUUAUUGGAGGCUAUGGUCUUCACACCCAACCCAAAGAUGCGGACGGACCGGUCACCGGUUGGACUGGCAAGUCGUUCUUCAUGGACCGAGUAAAGACACAGGUGGCAAAGGGACAUGCUAUUGAGAUGAUCCUCCCUGCUUUCCCCUGGAAGAGUAUCAACCAAGUGGACAAGGUUACCGGUGUCCUUCCUGACUUGGGCGAAGAGCUGGCACUGUCUCGUCUUCAUCAGCUGUGCGAGGAUAUAAAGGCAGUUUACCCACCAGGAGGCCAGGUUCAUAUUGCAACAGAUGGGUUGUUGUUCGAUGACGUGGUCGGAAUCUCCGACGAAAACACCUGGGCCUACGGCGACGGUCUCGUCCAAAUGGCCAAGUCCAAGGGCUACGAUAAGUCCAUCAAACUCUUCCGAGUCAUGGAUAUCCUCGGCUACACAGCCGACACACCCCUCAACAAAGAAUCCUACCUCUCCCUUGCCCAGAAAUGCCGCAACGAGAUUCUUGAGAAAUACGGCCGCACUGAAGAAGAAGUCCGUGAAAUGAUGCGCGACGACCCAGACACCCUCCUCACAUACUGCGGCUUCAUCCGCUUCCUCGAAACAGAUCUUCGCCACAGCCCGGUAGCAGCGAAUGCCACCAGUGGCCAGAAGUACCGCAAGAUUGUCAAGAAGGUCGCUAUCAACAUGAUGAUCCGGGCAGAGUCGUUCACAAAGUUCUUGCAGGCUAUGAAGCCCAAGCAUGUUCGGUUGUCCAUUCACCCGUCCAGCGGUACUGUCAAGCUUUCUAUUCCCCUAAUUGUUCAAGGCUCGGGUGGCUUCCCCAAGUCGCCCUGGCACAGCUCCAUUGCUAUUGCUCUUGACGGGACUUACACUACUGUCCAUUCAAAGGCUGUUCGUGACACGCACAGGCUGAUGUACAAGGACGGACGGCCGUACUUUUACCGGGAGAAGUCCGAACUGUGGGAUUGGGAGGAUGAGGAUGUUGCCUUCGAGGCGCAGUAUCCGAAUAUCAUGCUCAUUUACCCUAGGGCAGAUAUUGAGAAGUCGCUUACUGAGGCUCAGUUGGAGAAGGUGCAGCAAUUGAGGGAAGUGCACAGGGGUCCUGUGAAGGUGAUCGGAUUUGAAAAUGCAGCAGCAGCAUGAAGGAUUUGUCUCGGGUUUUAUUUGUAUUUGGUUUUCUGAUUGCAUUUUUGCUUGUUUGCGUCUAGUGUUUGUUUUUAUGGGAUAUCAUGUCAAUAGAGGAAUUUUUAUUUGGUUAUUCGAAGAGCUGUUUUAUACAGGUGAACUUUCUCCUCGGUCUCCCUCAAUGUGUGAGGACUCUUGGAAUGACGAUGUAA